CUGACGUUUGUUUUAAGGUUAGGCCUAUUAUUGGAAAUAAUUAUAUUAUCAAUGAAAUGUUUGUUAAAUAAUAUGUUUUACAGGAAAACUGCUAACUAUACAAAAGUUACUACUGUUGUCAAUAUUCAUCCAUGUUAUGAGUAAUUUGUUUUUGAAUUUCAACCAUCAAAAUUUUGUGUUUACACAAAAUUUGUUUAUCAUGUACAAUUAUUAAUUUACCUGUAUUGCAUUGGGAUAAAAUAGUAAAAAAUGGCUGAUUACGAUAAACAGUUUCAAGAAGAUUUGGAAAGAGCUCAAGCUCUCAGUUUGGAAUCUCUUGCUCUGGAACAAUUCAAAAGUAAAAAGAUCCAAGAACUGAAUAGGUCAGCUACUUCUGUAUCUGUUCCGAGUAGACCAAAACUUGCUUCAGUGACAAGAGCAGCGUCAAUGAAUGAAACAGAUUCUGGACAAAUCAGAUUUGAUAGACAGCAGAGCAAAUCUAGACCUCGACCAGGUGCUCAGUCGAGUAACGCAACACAUUCCCUUCUAGCUCCACCUCCAUCUUCACAAAAGAAAAGUAGCUCAGUGGAUGAUCCACCUGAUUUGAUUUCUUUUUCUAACCCUGUUCCAGCACCAUCCACCGACAUAAUCGACUUCUGCAAACAGCAAAGUUACAACAAUCAGCAACAACUAGUCGUAACAUCAGCACCAAUGGCCUCACAGUUCAAAUAUUGGCCGCAGACAUCAAUAAGCACCAACAUAAACCCAACAUUCUAUAGAAAUAUUUCCCAACCAAAUGUGAUUCCUACGCCUCUCAGUUAUUUCCAGCCUACGGUGCCUAGGAUACCGUAUUCCAUGUCCAGCCCAAUCAUUCCAAGGAUGCCUUUUCAUCGAUCAAUUGUACCAGCAGCAGCUGUUAGCAGCCAGGAUGUGUAUCGUCCUCCUCAAGUGCAGAGCCCACCAGCUCUUCCGCCGAAAAACCAACGUAGACCUCCGCCGCCGUUGGUGAUACCAAGAAGAACGUCCAUAUCUUCGAAAACUUCUUCAUUGCCAGAGAGGAAGCCAGAUUCCAUUUCACCGAAUUUAAUUGAUUUUGCCCACUCCGACGAUAGGGAUAGCGUGAGAGUGAGCAUUUUACAGGAAUUCGACCCUCUUUCCGAGUCAUUCUACAGUUCAUCAAUCGCUCGGGCUAUCAGUCCGGACUGUUCAGUUGAUGAUGCUAUGUCAGUUUGUAACAGCGUGUACGAGGAAUAUGAUCCCUACGACUUUAUCUAUUCCGGCUCGGGUAAUAAUAGUGUCUGCGACCCUAUUUACGCUACCAUAAACAAACCUGAUAACACACCCAAUUCUCCAGCUCCCCCACGAAUGUCUACGAUUGACAGGAGGAGUUCGAAAAAUUUCAAGAGAAAUCUUCUGAAUAUCAUCGAAGAGGUCGGCAAUAGAUCAGAUAAUAAGGAUACAGAUUUGAAAGCCUUCUAUAAUAUGGUGUACAAUUUAAGAAAAAAUUCACCUCACUUCUUGAACAAAGUAGUAUGUUAUUGUUUUUUAGAAACUGUUGAGAAGGAGAUGAAAAAAUUGGAAGGAGCUGCCCUCCAGAUGGACCAAAGCAGCACCCCGUCUGUCAUGCCGACACUCCAACCCCUGAACGUGAUACAGUCAGUCAAAUAUAUCGUCAACUUGAUGGGGGACCUCUGCACGCUAGAUAUAAUGCAGACGAUCGAAGCUCUUGAGGAAUCUUGUAGAAACUUUCCGGGAAACAGUUUGCGGCUGACAUUUUCGGAGGGAGUAAGCGAUACCUGUAACAAAAUUCGAUUCGCCAUCCAGAAUCUUAUUGAAAUGUACUGCCAGGCUUAUUCUGUCGAUUUCGAAGUCAAAAAUUCAACCUCCAGUGAAAGUGUGAGAUAUGUCCACGACAUCAUGGAUUCAGUUGUAACGAGGAUAUGCGCAAUUCUUCGACCGUCAUUUGAAAGAGAAUUUGAGGAAUAUUAUAUAACGUCUCAAAUAUAUCACGGAACCAAAAAAAUUGGUCGUAUGCUGUGUUCGCAAGCUAGUAAAAAAGUGGAGAGGGACAAGUAUUGGCCUUCGAGGAUUGUUUUCGAUAACUGGUUGGAGUUCGAAGAUGUAUCGAUAAACAGCCUAGCUAGAGAAUCUCGUUUAGUGUUACAAGUGUUUGGUAAAACGCUGCUCCCUUCUGACAGCGAAGAAGCUAAGAAUUCGAGUAUGCCCGUUUACAAGGAAGAAGAAAUCGGUUGGACUGCUGUUCAGUUCUUCAACUAUGAAGGUUUGAUGACCCAAGGUAGCCUCUUACUUUCUAUUUGGCCAAAAGAAUCAAAUUAUAUCAACGAUCACAUCUAUGGUCCUGCCCCUUCUAUGGGAAUCCAUCCAGACCCAGAUCAUCCGAUGAUUGGAAUCGAAAUCGUCGCUCCCACGAAAGUACAGUUUCCUACAAUUUCUCCGGAUUUGUACAACGAUGUCACCAAGGGAGAUUUUUCCAGUCUUGACAAUGAAACGCAACAGCUCUUAGUGGACGCUUGUGACCAGGAUCUGUUAUACAGGUUUACGUCGGAUAUACGAGAGAUUCUUUGGGAGAAACGACACUAUUUGUAUCACCUUCCUGCAGCUCUACCAAAGGUUCUUCUAGCUGCUCACAGCUGGGAAUAUGUGCAGUUACCAGAUUUACACGGGAUGCUGCACAAUUGGACCAGAUUGAGACCCAUACAAGCGUUGGAACUAUUAUUACCUGUCUCUACCAAAGGUUCUUCUAGCUGCUCACAGCUGGGAAUAUGUGCAGUUACCAGAUUUACACGGGAUGCUGCACAAUUGGACCAGAUUGAGACCCAUACAAGCGUUGGAACUAUUAUUACCUGUUUCCGGUAUAACGACCCUGACACCAAUAUGGGGCUAGUGAUAAGUCCCAUGGUGAACUACAAGUACAGCGAAGGCCUCAGUAUCAAAUUACAAGUACAUCCGAAUUUUGAAGGAGCCAACUUCAAUCAGCCGAUUAGCUUCACGUGUGAUGUGAAUUCCAGCGUAGAGCAUGUCACUCUCCAGUUAACUUACGGUCUGGAUGCUCCCACUUCCACUCAAUAUACUCUGAAAGUUUGCGGGAGUAAUGAGUAUUUGGUUCCGACUACCUUUCUCAGCGAUUACGAAUACGUUCACGACUGUAUCAAACUUGAUGAGGACGUGGUUCUCAUUUUAAUCCCGGAUUCCAAAAAAGACAAAUCUUUCGCAAGAACAGUACAAGAUGAUAACGACGAAGAAACGUUGAAGUUUGAUAACAUCAUUCCAAAUGACUCGGUUGUCCGACUUACUUUUGAGAAACUGAAUAUAUUGCUAGCAUCGGAUUCACUUAGAAAUCUUUUUUCGAAAAUGAGCCUAUUCUGUUUGUUGCUACAGAAACUCAACGAUAUAGCGGAAGAAGUGAAGAAAACCAAAGAGUCUCAUCGUUUGACCGUACUCCACAACGCCCUCGGACAAAUCCACAAAGACCUCCAGGAAACCACCACAAGCCUGCCGUUGUCGCCCACUUUGAGAGUUAAAGGUGUAGACAUUCAGUCAUCGUCAUAUUUCAAUUCGAAUACUCUGCCGCUGAAAAUCAACUUUUUGAUGGAAGACAGUUCGCUUAGAGCGGCGAUUUACAAAGUUGGCGACGACCUGCAGCAGGAUAUGCUGACCUUGCAGAUGAUAAGACUGAUGGAUAAACUGUGGUUGAACAAAGGAUUGGAUCUGAGGAUGGUGGCGUUUACUUGUAUACCGACUUCCAAAAAGAAAGGUAAGAUAACAGUUGGGCUAAAAAGUUUGGAUAGGGCUCCUUUCGUUCUCACCUCUGAUAUGGCGUAUGUGAUAAAUGGGGGCGAUAGGCCAACGGAGAAGUUCCACCAGUUUGUCGAUUUGUGUUGUCAAGCGUUCAACAUCAUCAGGAAUCAUAGGAAUUUAUUCUUGUUCUUGAUAACUUCAUCGGGAAUCUGCAGGAUAACUCCCGAAUCGAUCGGAUAUAUGCACAAAGCUUUACUACCUGAACUUUCGAAUCCCGAGGCUGCAGCUUACUUUACUCGUCUGAUAGAAGAAUCUCUGAAAACGCGUUUCACGCAGUUCAACUUUUUCUUGCACAAUUUGGCUCAACUGAAAUUCACUGCUGAUAAUGACGGUGGAUAUUUAUUGUCGUUUGUACCUAAGACGUACAGUAUGACUACUGAUGGACAACUGGUGCAUGUCGAAGUUGUAAAUUAUAGAAAGAGAUAUGACCCAGACAAGUAUUACGUUUACAUUUUGAGAGUAUACCGAAAAGAUCAGAAGCAACCGAUGGAGAUUCAAAGAACUUACAAGGAGUUUUGCGAGUUGCAUCAGAAAUUGUGCAUCUACUUUCCUUUGGCCAAACUGCAUAGCCUUUCCACCGGCCUUCACAUGGGACGAUCGAAUAUAAAGCAGGUAGCCCAGAAGAGGUUCCACGAGGUCAGUCUUUUCGUGAAGUCGCUAUUCCUGUGCGCUCACGAAAUAGCUCAUUCCGAUUUAGUUUAUACUUUCUUUCAUCCAUUAUUGAGAGAUCAACAGUACUCUGAUGAGUAUUCGAAGAAAGUCAAAGAUCGAACAGGGGACACCCAAUACGAAGCUGGACGUUUGAAGGGUCAGUUGAAGUUAUCGUUGCAAUAUAGAAAAGGAGUUUUUACAGUAAUGGUGCACCACGCCAGAGGACUGCCGAGGCUAGCUAACGGUCAGGAACCUUCCACUUAUGUUAAAGUUUAUCUGCAACCUGACACGCAGAAAAAUACGAAAAGGAAGACGAAAGUGGUCAAGAAGAAUUGUCAUCCUAGUUUUAUGGAAAUGCUGGAAUACAGGAUGAUCCUGGAUAUAAUAAAAAUGAGAGUGUUGCAAGCCACUGUUUGGAACCACGAUCCUCUCCAGGAGAACGAAUUCAUGGGGGGUGUCGAGCUGGAUCUCAGCACCCUUGACCUGAACGAGGAAACGAGCGAGUGGUACUCCCUGGUGAAUCUGAGUAGAUAGCAGUUGUAUUCCUACCCGAAACGAUAUCAAACCAAAUAUGUAAUGUAAGUCAGUAAACACUUGCCAAACUACUAGAUUUCACCACCCGAAUUAAUGUAAUCUUACAGUAAACUAAUUUUAGGAAUAUAGUUAGAUCGAACCAAAAUCCAAGUCUGAUUUAGAGGAACAGGUGCUCUUUCACAUUGAAUAGAUUACAAAUCGGGAAAAUAUUUUCCACUUCUUCUUGUGUCAGUAUCAGUUCCAUUGCAUUUACUUCUGGUUGUAAUUUUAGCUAAUGUGUUUUUGUUUUAUCAAAUUAUCGAUAGAACCCCAUUUUCAUUGAAAUAUUUUACAUUGCCUAAUGUGUUGUUAUAUCAUUGGUAAAUGAUUCGUGGUAAAAUAAAAUAAAUUGUUGUACUUGUAUCGGAUGUCCCAGUUUGGAAAUCAAGGGGUUUUUUUUUCAACAGAGCCACUUAUGAACCAUUUUGUGUAUUAAAUGAAUCUCCCACCCACAACUUUAUUAAAAUGGGGCCUAACAGAGUGUCUUGUGGAAUACCAUAUCUUGGUUUACAUAUGUUACAUCUCUACUUGUAAUUUACAACCGGCAGGUUUUCGUUAAACUUAUAUAUCAUUGUAAAAUCGUUACUAAAAGAAAAAUUUCAAUGCAAAAACACAGAAUCUAGAUCGUCAUUGACGUAUAUACACCUCUUAGAUACUGAACUGGGACAGUCAUUAUAUACAAAAAGAUUCACAUUUUGGGAUUCAUAUUUUGGUAAGCAAGUUUUUCAUAUUUAACUGGUGAUACUUUUAUUUAUAUUAUAUACACAAUGAUCAUGAUGUUCUCAGAGGUUGUAGAACCAUUUUGUAUAUCUACUUUCUUACACAAUUCCUGUAAUUUAUUUAUUUUGUAAUUUUCUUUACAACUAUAUUAUAUAAAACUAUUAAUCAA